UUUUUCUUUUUCCUGUUCAAAGCUGAUAUGUGUUUGCAGGAGAUACUUCGCUCAGAACCUGUUUACAAACGUCACUCAUGGUGUAGCUAUCCGUAGUUCUUAAGGAGCCUCUCCUGCGACAUUAAAACCGUGCUUUCUUGUGAUUGGUGGACUCCGGUAUCCAGGGAGCAAUGGUGAAGUAUUUUCUGGGGCUGAGUGUUCUGAAGAGCUCCUGGGACCAGGUGUUUGUGGCAUUCUGGCAGCGCUAUCCAAACCCCUACAGUAAGCAUGUCCUCACAGAGGAUAUCCUCUUCAGGGAGGUCACCCCAGAUAACCGACUCAUUUCCAGGAGGUUGCUGACCAAGACCAACCGUGUACCUCGCUGGACUGAGAAGUACCUCCCCUCCAACAUGGGGCGCUCUGCCUACGUCAUUGAGGACUCCAUCGUGGACCCCCAGAGCAGGACCCUCACCACCUUCACCUGGAACAUCAGCCAUGCGCGCUACAUGGCGGUGGAGGAGCGCUGUGUUUAUGGAGUGAACCCUGACAAUAACAGCUGGACUGAGAUCAAGCGAGAGGCCUGGAUUUCAUCCAACUUGUUUGGCCUCUCCAGAGCUCUUCAGGAAUUUGGCCUAGCCAGGUUUAAGAGCAGCGUUACAAAGACCAUGAAGGGGUUUGAAUUCAUCUUGGCAAAAAUGCAAGGGGGUACUCCUUCAAGGACACUGGCAGAAACAGCUAAAGAAGCAACAGACAAAGUAAAGGAGACAGCUCUGGCUGCUACAGAGAAGGCCAAGGACCUGGCCUGCCAUGCCCAGAAAAAGCAGCAGUAUGUCUGAGCUUCAAACUUAGUUUGACCACUUGGGGGCAGCACCCCCGUUCUCUUUGGCAGCUGAGUGGAGAUUCUGUUACAGACAGCGGUCCUGUGACGCCACCUUCCAUCCCCAGGCAGUGUUGCAGCUACUGAAGAUUUGUUUCCCUGCCUCAGUAUUUCUAAAGCAAUGUUUGUUGCUUCUGACUGAAAUCGUAACAGAAAAUAAAAAGUGGCAGCAUGACGUUUGAAAAUCAAAUUGUUAAACACCUUAAUCUCCCAAAUCACCAAGAUUCAAUAUUAUGUUUUAAUCGUUUUAUUUAUACAUAACUUAGAAAGUCUGAAUCAUUGCCUAAGUGGCUUUGAACCCAUUUGUCUGUACUUUAAGGUAAGCAUCCUCCCUAAUCACUGAUAAAAAAAAAAAAAGUGCGUGCAUCUGUCUUCGCUGGGUCCUGUAUCUGGCAUUACUUUCAUUAUCUACUGUUUUUCCUCAUUUGUGUUUUAUUUUAUAGAAUUGUAAAUUCUUUGCUGCUUCAAAUUGAAGUACUAGCUUGGAAAUGUUGGUAAUUGUUAUCUUUGUGUAACCUUUACCGUCAAGUUGGUGGCUACUGUGAACCACUCAUUCUGACCACAGACAGACAGACAGCCCCAGUGGUGGAAGCUUGUUUGUUUGGGGGUUUGGUUGCACGGUCUAGUGCUUUCCAUGCAGGUCUUCUGUUAAAAAAUGUAAAUGAACAAAACAAAUGAAAAAUCCAGUUGAACUGAGAUUAAGACCAUAUUUGUCCCAAAAUAAAUGAUAUGAGAACUG